AUGGCUAGAAAGGCAGUCGUCUCUCCAUUUGGAUAUUUACCACUUUACAAUCUUUUAUCCGCGUUUGCUUGGGGUUAUAUACUGUACAGCGUCGUUUCUAUUUACCCCAAGGUCGGUCAACCCCAUUUCUAUGAAGAGACUAAGAAGACUGUUACCUAUGUCCAAUGUGGUGCCAUUAUCGAGAUAAUCAACUCAGCUUUGGGUAUUGUAAGAUCGCCAUUAUUGACCACGUUUGCCCAAGUAGCAUCAAGGUUGAUGAUUGUUCUGGGGAUAUUUGAAGGACUACCGCAGACACCAGCUGCCCACACGAUGGUUUACGUUACGUUACUUUCAGCUUGGUCUGCUACCGAAGUGGUAAGAUACAUGUUUUACUUUUACUCGUUAUGUGCGAAAGAAGGACCCUCGAUUCUUCUAACCUUUCUCAGAUACAAUUUAUUCUGGGUUCUUUACCCACUUGGUGUCGCCAGUGAACUUCUCAUAGUAUACUCAGCGCUACCAUUGGCAGAAUCAAAUUAUGGAGCUGUAUACAAGUGGUUUUUAGUCGCCAGCAUGUUAGCAUACAUCCCAGGUUUCCCAGUGCUUUUCGGCCACAUGGUGACACAGCGUAAGAAGGUCAUGAAGGGUCUUAGAAAUGGUUCUCAGGCCAAGAAGCAGUAG